AUGGCGUUCAAGGAGGAGGAGUUCCGCUACUGCAAGGACAGCAGCUUCUGCCGGAGACAAAGGAAGUUCGAUGGACAGGAUGAUCGGGCGACGUACAAGCUGCAUAACGCGCACCUUGAAGACAACGGCGUUGUCGCGGAGAUGAAGAAUGCGUUGAAUCCAAACCAGCCGUUGAAGCUGCGAGCUACCAUCUACAAGUCCGGAAUCUUUCGUAUUGAGAUUGAUGAAGCGUCUUCAGCAAAGCCGAGAUAUAGAGUGAAAGACGUGCUCGUUGGGGACAUCUCGCAGCACAGCUCUUCUGAGGGUGCAAUGGAGGACAUUACGGGUGAAAAUGAUGGCCUGUGGGAGGAAUCAUUCAAAGGACAUUCGGACAGCAAGCCUAACGGCCCGGAAUCUAUCGGUGUUGACUUCGACUUCAUGGGUGCCAAGCACGUCUACGGUCUCCCCGAACGUGGAUCUCGGCUCAUGCUCGGGAACACUCGCGGGGAGGGGGCGGCAAGGGAUGAGCCCUACCGCCUGUACAACCUUGAUGUGUUCGAGUACGAGCCGCUGUACGGCGCAGUUCCCAUCCUCUACUCGCAUCGCCCCAACUUCUCCUCUGCUCUCUUCUGGCUGAACGCGGCUGAAACGAUGGUGGACGUGGAGGAUGGCCCGGACAUGAAGCGCACGCACUGGUUCAGUGAGAGCGGCGUGAUCGACGUCUUCCUGCUCUCCUCCGACACCCCCAAGGGCGUGCAGAUGCAGUUCGCGAGCCUUGUGGGAACUCAGUUCAUGCCCCCAAUGUUCUCACUCGGGUACCACCAGUGCCGCUGGAACUACAAGGACGAUGCUGACGUGAGGAUGGUGGACUCCAAGUUUGACGAGUACGACAUCCCCUACGACGUCCUGUGGCUCGACAUCGAGCACACGGUCGGCAAGCGCUACCUCACCUGGGACAAGCACCUCUUCCCCGACCCCGAGGGCCUUCAGCAUGACUUGGCCUCCCGCGGCCGCAAGAUGGUGACGAUCAUUGACCCCCAUCUCAAGGUGGACAUGGGCUACUCGGUGUACGCGGAGGCGAAGCGUCUGGGCUUCUUCUGCAAGAACAAGGACGGCGGAGACUUCGAGGGACACUGCUGGCCCGGCACGUCCUCGUGGCUGGACUACUUGAACCCCGAGGUUCGGGACUACUGGGCUAGCAGGUUCCUCCCGGCCAACUACGUGGGCAGCACUGAGCACCUCUACACCUGGAACGACAUGAACGAGCCCUCAGUGUUCAACGGGCCAGAGAUCACCAUGCCCAAGGACCUCCUGCACUACGGGAAUGUGGAGCACCGCGACGUACACAACCUCUACGGCUUCUACAUGACCAUGGCGACUGUGGCCGGGCACAAGCUGCUGAGGCCCGGCCGGAGGCCCUUCAUCCUCUCCCGCGCCUUCUUUGCGGGCUCUCAGCGUUACGCUGCCGUCUGGACUGGAGACAACGGGGCGAGAUGGGACCAUCUGGCCUCGGCUACCCCGAUGCUCCUGCAGCUCAGCUUGGGCGGCAUCCAUUUCUGCGGUGCUGACGUCGGCGGCUUCUUCGGCAACCCGGAACCCGAGCUGCUGGUCCGCUGGUACCAGGCAGCAGCUUACACGCCCUUCUUCCGAGGGCACGCGCAUAUCGACACUCAGCGCAGGGAGCCAUGGCUGUUCGGCGAUGUCGUGAUGGGCCAGAUCCGAGCUGCGAUCCGCGCCAGGUACCUCGUGCUCCCCUACCUCUACACGCUCUUCCACAUGGCUCACACCCAGGGGCUGCCCAUCAUGCGGCCCCUCUGGAUGGAGUUCCCGGGCGACGAGGUCACCAUCGCCAUGGACGACGAGUUCAUGCUCGGCGAGGCUCUCCUGGUCAAACCUGUCGUCUCCGCCAACACCAGGAGCUCCAACGUCUACCUCCCCUCCGACAAGGACGACAUCUGGUAUCCGUUCCGCAACGGGCAGACGCCCAAGGAGCAAGGAGUCUUCACCUCCCUCUGGAGCCGCUUCCGCGGGCAGACAGGCAGCCUGCGAGGACAAGCGCAGGCGGGCGGCAAGACGAUCUCAGUCGACUCGGGGGUAGAGCAGGGCAUCCCUGUGUUCCAGCGAGGAGGAACCAUUAUCCCCACCAGGGAGCGAGCCAGGAGGUCCACAAGCGCCAUGCGAGCAGAUCCCUUCACUCUUCACGUAGCGCUCAACGUCAGGGAGGAGGCGUCGGGGUCUCUCUACCUGGACGAUGGAGACACAGACGAGCAUACGGCCGGCGGUUUCUUCCUCUUCGGCCUCAAGUUUCAGUCCAACCAGCUGGAGUACCGGCAGACGGAGGGCUCAGGCUUCAAGUUCUCGCACCCUCCUCCUGCUCUCGAGCGUGUGAUCGUGUACGGCAUCACGAAGCAGCCGGCGCGGGUGACGCUGAAACGGAAGAACGGCGGUGGCAGCGAGCUCGAGUUCAUCUACGACAAGGAGUCAGCGAUGCUGAUUGUGCGAAAACCAAACGUGCCAAUGAACGAGGAAUGGAGCAUCAGCUUUGCGAAGUAGACGAGUGGGAGAUAAAUUUGCAUUUUAUGAAACGGGAAAAC